AAUUUUUCAUCAUAACGUCAAUCGAUUUAAAGAAAUGGUAUUUCGGGAGUAAAAAUUAAUACACGUAGGAUAAAAAUUGGUAGAUUCCGAUAAAAUAUUCCCAAUAACCGAUUAAACAAAGGCUCCCAACAAUGUAAUAAACAACUUAACUAUUUCUCGGCUGUAAAAUUACUUUACAUGGAAUUCUCCAUGUUCUAAGUAAUAUAUUUGAUAUUACAAAAAUACAUCUGAACAAGAAAAAUGUUUCAUCAAGUUUUGCAUCUCGUUCAACGUAAAUUAUUCGUCGAAUUUAUUGUAGUGUAUCGUGUAUUUGAGUCAUGUGACUUGUAGUUGUCAAGGUAACCACGGUCAAACAUUGAAGCGUCGAAUGAAAAAUUAUUCCAUCGGAUACACAGUUGAAUUUUUAUGAUUACAAAACAAAUCUUUGUUUUGGGGGUCAUAAUGAACAAUAAUUCUCUUAAUAACGGAGUUAUUCCUUAUCAGUUGAUACAGCGUCACCAACACAAUAGUACGUUUGGAACAAACAAAAAAGUUCCAGAUAAUCUAGUGAUUAUGAAUCGUAAUUGGGCGUUGCAUCGACAUUAUAUUCGACAUCAAUAUCAAAUAUCAGCAAGUAUGAUUCGAAAAGAAUUAAUACGAUCUAAUGAGAGGAAUGAAUAUGCUACUUACAUAAUGGGUAUUCUAUAUAGAAAAGAGGGAAAAAUUCAAGAAUCAUUAUAUUACUUUCAAAAAAGUUAUCAUAUGAAUUCUACAAAGCUUUCCAAUGUUAAGCAAAUUGCGAAAUCACUGUUCCUGUUAGGAAACCAUGCUCAUGCAAUCAACAUCUAUUCAGAGGCCCUUCGAAUUCCCAAUCUUUCAAAUUGGCGCGUGUAUUAUAAUAUCGGAGAAUGUUACUUAGCAUUGCAUCAUAUUGAAAGUGCAGAAAGGAACUUAAUAAAGUCUACUGAGUUGACAAGCCAUGUAACUCCUCAUGUAACUCUUGCCCGAAUUUAUAUAUUCAAAGAUGAGCUGAGUAAAGCAAUAGCAACUUAUAAAUCAGCAUUAAUUACCUGCACUAUACAGAAUGAAGUGAUAGCAAAAUUAGGACUUCUGUAUCUGAAAAUGAAUGAUGUACUAAAAGCAUUCCAUGAAUUUGGAAAGAUACUAUCACAGGACUCAGUAACAUCUAGGGCUAUGCUUGCGGUAGCAUAUAUAAUACAGAUUCACCGAGAACCUGAAAUCGCUAUUUCCAAGUUUAAAGUAGCCGCUCAGAGUUUUCCAGAAUCUUUCCAUUUGUGGAAUAAUAUUGGCGUUUGUCUCUAUGAAAAACGAAAAUUCCUUGCAGCGAUAAGUUGUUUAAAAAGAGCUCACUAUUUCCACCCUACAACUUUGUCAACAGCAUGUAUUUUGGGAAAAGUUCUUAUAAUUACAAACCAGUUUGCCUCAGCAGCUAUCUAUUUAUGUAGUGCAGUUACUGGAGGAACUAAAAAUUACAUUCCAUUUUUACUACUCAGUUAUGCUCUGGCAGCAUUGGAUGACUUGGAGGGUGCUGAACAAAUCAUCUACAAAGCACAUUCGAUAGCUCCUCAAAAUCCAGCAGUUCUUGUGAAUUAUGCUAUAAUUCUUGAAGCCAGAAACAAUUAUGAGCAUGCGUUUGCAAUACUUUCUCAACUUAAUGAUAUAUCAACUAUAACUUCCGUUGAAUUGCAGUUUUUAAGAUGGAUCUUUCAAGAAUCAAUGAAAUCAACACUUUGGCGUACAUCUCGCCUGUUAAAAAACUUCAGGAACUGGAAGCUGACAAGACAUAAAAUUACUGAAAUUAAAAAAAUUUCAACGCAAUAUGGACCUAAAGUAGUUGCCGACCUCGAUGAUGAAUUGACAAUCUACUUUCCUUCAAGAACAAAUACUGAAUUGUUAGCUCAUGAAGAUAAAUUAAAAACUCUCAUUGACAUGGUUUCUCAAAAGAAACUCCAUCUCCUUUUCCAUGGAACAAAAUACAGUAAAAUUAAAUUUGUAACUGAAUCAUUAUAAGAAUACUUUUUGAGC